GCUUCUGGCCUGGGAGGCCUUGGCACGAGGCCUCUGCUACCCGCCCCCGCCUUCCGCUUCUGGGGAGAGCCCGACCCCAGCUUCUGUAGCCACCUUUAAACCGGAGAACUUCGAACACCGCAGCUCCUCAAUAAUUAAAAAGUAGGCAAGUGGUGACAGGCGGGAGGCCAGGGAAGAGAGGACAGACAGCUAGCCCCCAGUGUCCCUCUAGGCUUUAAGGUUCCUGUCACUCAACGGAUGCUUAAAUUUACUGGUCAAAUGAUCCCAGUUGCAGGCUUUGGCAACUCGGUGAAUUUUCCUUUCUUCUUCUUUUUUUUUUUUUUUUCCUCAUUGGCUGUGCUUCCUUGACUAUCCGAAAGGAGAACACCCCUGCAGAACCCUCUGGAAUGUUGGCUUCAGGGAGCCCUGCAAGGAUGGGAGGGCAGGGAACCGCUUACCAGAAGACACUGGGGCACCUAUCCGCCUUGUUUCUGCGAGCCGCAAGGCCGGGUCUGCGGAUGUGAGCGGCAGGUGGCAUCGGACAGUCUGACCUGCCUGCAGGAGCCACAGAGGACACAGGGUCGCGAGUGAAGGAGAGGGAACAAAACCUCAAGGAUACGGUUCCAGGGCCUGAGUUCGCUCCCAGCCUUGGCCCCUAACCCUGCACGGCCCCAGGAGCCAUCCGCGCCCACGAGCUGCCAGGCCCGACGCGAGCGAGGGCGGGAGGGGCAGUUCUCCGGCGCGUGGACCCACGGCGGUUUCCGGAGCCUCAGGCGGGCGUCGCGCGCUUCUGCCGUUCCAGCGCGGGUCACUCGGGCGGGAAUGCGCGGGGCCUGGACGCAGUGGCGGGUAGGGGGGCCGGGUGGCGCGCGAGGUAGGCAGAGGAGGGCGUUCCGUGAGAGUUGCGGCCCGAGAGCGGAGCGAGAGCUCGCGCUCUCCUUGGAGACGUGUUAGCCAAUGGCAGCUGCGGAAGCUGUUUACGGGGGCGGGGCGUAGCCUUAGCAGCAGGAGAAGCCUUCGAGCCGCUACUUAACGCUGAUCGCCGGCACUCAGAGAAGCGCCGUCGAGUGUGCUGUGGCGGCGAGGGGCGCUAGCGCGGCCCUCAGGCUGAGAGCAGAGAGCCUCGGGAGCUGUGAGGAACUUCUUCCAGAACCUUCCUCUGUCCAAGGCUGUGUUCUGAGCCAGAUAAGGCGCUGCGGUCCUUUUAGGAAGCGACCCCCGGGUCGCGGGAUGGAAGUGCGCAUCCGCCGGGCUGUGUAACCGGAGCCGCGGGAACCAGCGGAUCGACAGCGCGGCGGGCGCUCCAGCUCCCCCGUUGAUGUUGACUGCCCCCUCGGAGAGUCCCCGCAGACAUGGCUGAGAGCUGGCUGCGCCUCGCGGGAGCGGGGCCGGCAGAGGAGACCGGGCUGGAGGGCGGUCUGGAGGAGUCCGACGCCCUGGAUGACAGCCUGACCAGCCUGCAGUGGCUGCAAGAGUUCUCUAUUCUCAACGCCAAGGCCCCCAAUCUCCCUCCGGGGGGCACUGACCCCCAUGGCUACCACCAGGUGCCAGGUUCAGUGGCACCUGGGUCCCCCCUGGCGGCAGACCCAGCCUGCCUGGAGCAGCCGAACACGCCAGGCAAACCCACGUCGUCGAGCACAUCUCGGAGCGCGCCCCCGGGGCUGCAGGCCCCUCCCCCAGACGAUGUAGACUACGCCACCAACCCGCACGUGAAGCCGCCUUACUCGUAUGCCACGCUCAUCUGCAUGGCCAUGCAGGCCAGCAAGGCCACCAAAAUCACCUUGUCGGCCAUCUACAAGUGGAUCACUGACAACUUCUGCUACUUCCGCCACGCCGAUCCCACCUGGCAGAAUUCCAUCCGCCACAAUCUGUCCCUGAACAAGUGCUUCAUCAAGGUGCCUCGGGAGAAGGACGAGCCAGGCAAGGGGGGCUUCUGGCGCAUCGACCCCCAGUAUGCAGAGCGAUUGCUAAGCGGAGCCUUCAAGAAGCGGCGGCUGCCUCCAGUCCACAUCCACCCGGCCUUCGCUCGCCAGGCUGCACAGGAGCCCAGGGCCACCACCUGGGCCGAGCCACUGACCGUGAACACCGAAGCCCAGCAGCUGCUGAAGGAGUUUGAGGAGGCCACCGGGGAGGCCGGCUGGGGCGUGGGGGAGGGCAGGCUAGGGCGUAAGCGCAAGCAAUCACUGCCAAAGCGGGUGGCCAAGGUCCCACGGGUCUCCAGCACCCUGCUGCUGACCCCGGAGGAGCAGGGCGAGCUGGAACCCCUCAAAGGCAACUUUGACUGGGAAGCGAUCUUCGAGGCCAGCACUCUGGGCGGGGAGCUGAGCACACUGGAAGCCCUGGAGCUGAGCCCACUGCUGAGCCCCGCCACACAGGGAGACGUGGACCUCACCGUCCAUGGCCGCCACAUCGACUGCCCUGCUACCUGGGGGCCUCCGGUGGAGCAAGCCACUGCUGAAAGCCUGGACUUCGAUGAGACCUUCCUGGCCACGUCCUUCCUGCAGCACCCAUGGGACGAGAACAGCAGUGGCUGCCUGCCCCCAGAGCCCCUCUUUGAGGCGGGAGAUGCCACCUUGGCUGCCGACCUGCAGGACUGGGCCAGCGGGGGUGCCUUCUUGUAAGAGGCCAGGCCUUGCCCUGCCUCCGGACAGUACCCGAGUCAGGGCCCAGAACUGCCCCCCAACACUGGCCCACGGACCUCUCACUGCCCAGGCAGGAGCUGGGCCAGUUUUCCCAAGGCUGGCUCCACAAAGCCACCCUGCUGCCAGCCCAGGUUGUCCUCAGAUUCAAGCGCAGGAGGCUGAGACUGGGAGCCAAGGAGCAGAUCAGAUCGCUGCCUCCAACACCCCCCAUGAGUCCCCACAAAUACACAGUGUUUCUAGGAUCCCAGCUCCCCCACUCCAGGGCUGGACUAACGGGCCCUGCACCUUGAACACCAAGGCCUGGUGAAGCCCAACCAGGCUGGGAGAACAGAACAGGGCCCUCCCAGUGCACCCCCCUCUGCUCUGGGUGCUCCCAGGGUCCUCCAGCUUCCCCAGGUCUGUAUCCAGAGAAAGUUCCCAGGUACAACAAAUGCUAAUUAGGUGACAGUAAAUUAACCCCCUGGAGGCUUCUGCCGGCAGAGUCUCCCGAAGGGCUGGGGUAGCAGCGGCAACUGGGGGAGGGGUGCAGAGAGGAGGCUGCAGUGAUGUAGGGGUGCAGCAUGGGGCACAGAGGUAUUCUGCAGAGCCUGGGGUCUUCCCCUGGCUGGCCCCAUCUGUAAGGGAAAGCAAGUGGUAGGAUAUAGACCCCUAAUCUUUGAGGCUGAAAGAAGCAGAAAGUUAAGGAGUUGGGGGAAGGGCAGCCAAACAGUGGGGCGCAGGGGGUGAGGGAUAGACUAAUGUGAAUGUAGCUGUAGUUAAGACUUAACUGGGAGGGACCAGGAAGAAGGGCAGCCCCACGCCCCUGCCUGCACUUGGGGACAGGGUCUUUCUUGCACCAUCCUGACCCCGGGGCUGCCUCCCCUAGCCACCCUGUACAUGGGGCAGUUUAACCUUUUUCAUUGAAAGUUAUUUACAUUAAAAUUUUUUUUAAAAAUAAAAUUUCUAAAAAUCUAAA